UGGUCCCUCUGAACCACUUGGCGUACGGCCGAGGGGGCUAAGCAGAUGGAAAACUCCAUAAUCUCCCACCCGCUGACCUCGAGAGUGGUUUAAAGGAAAUUUUGGAUUCGGCUGGACUAGGAUCUCUGAGCACAUGGCUUUGGUGGGACAGCAGGUGCCACCUCCAGGAUUGAAUUAUUCGUACCCCGUACCCCACCGAAUGGCCUGUUGGUUGGUGGGUGAAUGCUUUCCAACUCGAGUUACGGAGUUGUUUGUUCUGGUCGAAUCAUAAGCUGUUCUUCGGAAGUUAGGUUCCGUCCCAGGUGGUCAAGGUGUCAAAUACACACCCCAAGGCCAUGCGAGUAUAUAAAUCGGACAUCUGGCUCUCUCAAGGCCACGCAGCAGCAUCACUUUCCAGUGUUACCGCUGUUUUGCCAGAGGACUCACACGACCGCCUUCCUGGUUUUAUUUCUUGCCUUUGCACCAAGGCCGACUCAUUGUCAUGGCAUUCAAACCAUGGAGGACCCUUCCGGGGUCUGCCCUGCUCUGGCUUCUCAACCUCUUCUCUGCUGUCGCCUUCAUCUUUGAAGGUUACAACCAAGGCGUUAUGGGCGCAGUCAACGGUGUACCAGGCUACAUUGAUAUUGUUGGCAUUGGCGCUGAUGGCAGAGUCACUAACACUACAAAGCAAGGCGGCCUUGUAGCCGUGUACUACUUUGGCGCCAUGUUCGGAUGCUUCUUUGGUGGGAAGAUCGGAGAUCUCUACGGUCGCAGGAAAGCUGUUGCGCUGGGAAGUUUUCUCGCAAUUGUUGGGGGAGCUUUACAGGCUGCGUCGCAGAGUGACAAUAUGACAAUUGUGGCGAGGACGAUCUGUGGUUUGGGUAUAGGGUUUAUCAACACGAUUAUCCCGGCUUGGGUCAGCGAACUCGCUCAAGCCCACAACCGCGGUGCAACAUUUGCCCUUGUCUUUGCGGCAAAUUAUGUUGGUAUUGUGAUUGCUUACUGGGUCGGCUACGGUUUACGGAACAAUACCACAGACUUCCGCUGGAGGUUCCCGUUGGCCUUUCAAAUUGUCCCGCUUGCCAUCGUUCUAGGCUCGGUGGGCUUCCUACCAGAGUCUCCUCGAUACCUACUGACGGUCGGCCGCCGUGACGAAGCUCUUGAGAUCCUUGCCAAAGUCCGAGGAGAUGCCGACUUGAGCGAUCCCAGUAUCCAAGCUGAGAUUGCCCAGCUUGAUGCUAUCGUUACCUCAGCUCGUAGCUCCCGCUACAAACUCCACAACCUCUUCCUCUGGGGUCGCCAUUCGGGCAAAUUGCACCUUGGCCGCCGCAUUGGACUUGCUGUGGGUAUCAUGAUGAUGAUGGAAUGGACUGGCAUCCUUGCCAUUACUGUCUAUGCCGGCAUUAUGUUUGAACAAGCUGGUUUCUCCAGCGAGAAGUCGUCAUUACUGGCCGGUAUCAUUCAGAUUGUCGGCAUCCUCGGAACACUUGCUGCGACCUGUACCAUUGACCGCUUUGGUCGUCGGCCAUCACUGCUCUUCGGAUUCAUCGUACAAGGUGCUGUAUUAAUCCUCUCAGGUGGUCUGUCACGUCUUGGUGAACUCCACCCAGCUCAAUCAGGCUCUUAUGGAGCAGCUUCCGUCGCCAUGGUCUUCAUCUACACCUUCUUUUUCGCCCAGACAGUCUUGAUGAUUGCUUUCAUCUAUCCCACUGAGAUUUGGCCUCAAGAGAUGCGUGCGCGCGGCAAUGCAUUCGGUGUGUUUGGAUGGGCUGUUGGCUGUGGAACUACUACUUUGGUGAUCCCAUCCAUGUUUGCUGCCUUGGGAUGGAAGACGCUCGUUGUAUUUGGCGCUUUCAAUUUCGGGAGUGUGCCUCUGGUGUGGUUCUUCUUUCCAGAGACAAAGGGCAGAAGUUUGGAGGAGAUCAACUUGUUGUUUUGCAGUGAGAGUCCGUUGGUGAAAGAGAAUGAGAGGACGUAUGAUGAGAUCUUGCAAAGAUCUGGUGGAAAUGUGGCGAAUGCAGAGAGGGAGAUUAUGGAGAAUCUUGAUCCGCGGGAGAGAGAAAAAGACAGUGGUAGCGGACUGGAGAAAGGUGAGCUACGCACAGCGAAGACUCUCGAGUGAGUAGGUGUCAAGGUGGAUAAGAAUGCUGCGUCCUCAUCUUUCCAAUACAGGGAUGAUAGGGUACGUGAUAAUGCCUGCUUAAGUUGAUAGGAAGGUGCGUAGUAUUCUAAGAUCUUUGCUCGCCGUCUAGGAGUAAUAUAAGGACUGGGACCAGCGAAGUCUUUUCGUAUUUAGUAAGUUGUAACGUAGUAUAAUCUUGC